UCAAGCACUAUCUGCAAAUAAAAUCGAAGGAUCCGCUACCUGCGAACAACCACAAACAAUGGAAGACCCAAGUGAGCCGAAUUCGAGUUUGUUCAAAAAUUCAAAAAUUCACACAAAGGAAAGAAGUGUAAACUUCUCUAAAAUUGAGAUUGACAGGCUCAAAAGGCUUGUGGAUAAAUAUAAAAAUGUUUUGCUCUGCAAAAAGACAGACGCCUCCAGUACUAAACAAAAAGAAAAUGCCUGGGGCUCAUUACAAAAAGAUUUCAAUGCUGUCGGUGAUACAGCCCGUACAGUUAAACAAUUAAAGUAUAAGUUCGAAAACAUGAAGAGGAGUGCAAAAAAGGAUGCUAGCAGAGAGCGCCAGGAAAUGCGCCGUACCGGAGGAGGUCCACCGCCUGCGCCACCUGCAUUGGAUGACACAACAGACUGGCUGCGGUCAAUAAUGUCAAGGACACUUGAUGGGAAUGAGGCAAUCUAUGAUGACGAUGUCAUAGCUCCUAAGCUCGUUGCUCCUCCAAAUAUUGACAAAGUUGACAAAGUUGAGCCAGCAAUAUCUGAAGGUGCAAUAGAGAUAGAGGAGGGUACACAGGAUACAGAUGAAAAUAUACCGUCUACAGGCGAAAAAUGGGCAUUGGACACCAGCACACCUUAUUCCUUUUUGAAAAGACCUGCAUCUUCUUCUCUAAAAAGACUUGCCAAGAAAAAAAUUCAAAAAAAUUACGAUGCUAUAAUGAACACUCGGCAGAACCUGCGAGAAAAAAAGAUAGCAGUAUUGGAGGGGACACUGGAUCUCGAAUUGAGAAAGCUUCAGGAAACCAUUGAUCAACAAAAAGAACGACACGAGCAAACGCUGAGAUUCAAUGAGGAGCGCCAUGAAUUGGAAAUGGAGAAAUUGCGCCUGGAAAUACUGAUUUUAAAAGAAAAGAGGGACAAAAAUAAUAAAUAA